GCGUGACGCACUUCCUGUUUGUUGUUGGAGAAAGGAGAGAAAGGAAAGCGCGAGGACCGUCGCAGUCCAGCCGCUACCGCCAGCCGCGCCGCCGUGUCGGAGCCGAGGAGCCCCGGUCGCCGCCCCGCCGCGCCCUCCUCCGCCGGCUUCCGCGUCCUCGGACUCGUUUCCAACAGCCGGUUGAAACAUGGUGGAUUACUAUGAAGUUCUAGGCGUGCACAGACAUGCCUCAGCCGAGGAUAUUAAGAAGGCAUAUAGGAAACUGGCACUGAAGUGGCAUCCAGAUAAAAAUCCUGAGAAUAAAGAAGAAGCGGAGAGAAAAUUCAAACAAGUAGCUGAGGCGUAUGAGGUGUUGUCAGAUGCUAAAAAACGGGACAUCUAUGACAAAUACGGCAAAGAAGGAUUAAACAGUGGUGGUGGAGGUGGAAGUCAUUUCGACAGUGCGUGUGGGUUUGGCUUCACAUUCCGAAACCCAGAUGAUGUCUUCAGGGAAUUUUUUGGUGGAAGGGACCCAUUUUCAUUCGACUUCUUCGAAGACCCGUUUGAGGACUUCUUUGGGAAUCGAAGGGGCCCCCGCGGAAGCCGGAACCGAGGCACGGGGUCGUUUUUCUCCGCUUUCAGUGGAUUUCCCUCUUUUGGAGGGGGAUUUUCUUCUUUUGAUACAGGAUUCACUUCCUUUGGUUCACUAGGUCACGGGGGCCUCACUUCAUUCUCUUCCACGGCAUUUGGUGGCGGUGGGAUGGGCAACUACAAAUCUAUAUCAACUUCUACUAAAGUGGUUAAUGGCAGAAAAAUCACUACAAAGAGGAUUGUCGAGAAUGGUCAAGAGAGAGUGGAAGUCGAAGAAGACGGCCAGCUGAAGUCCUUGACGAUAAAUGGUGUGGCCGACGAGGACGCCUUCGCGGAGGAGUGCCGGCGACGAGGCCAGCACGCGCUGCCCGCCCAGCCCGCCAGCACCAGUGCCCGCCCUCUGAAGUCCCACCGGCCAGCCUCUGUGCCCAAACACGCGCCCCACCCCCCGGGUGAGGACGAGGACGAGCCAGGCCGGCACCGGGCCAGCAGCAGCUGGGAGCCCCCGGCCGCGUUCCCCGCAGGAUUCAAAGAAGGUGGCAAGAGGAAGAAGCAGAAGCAGAGAGAGGAGUCGAAGAAGAAGAAGUCGACCAAGGGCCGCCCGUAGACGGGCCGCAGUGGAGCGGCGGGCGGCCAGCCGAGGGGCUGCACACACGUGCCGGGUGCCGCACCUGCUUCUCCGCCGCCCCGAGGCCACACCUGCUCGGCGCUGGGGACACUGGGGGCACACCGGUCAGGGCCCGGGGGGCGGGAGCACAGAGCCGCGGGCUGUCCCUGCUUCUCCAGCUCUGCGCCCGCGCAUCCCCCCGGCGGCUGAGGCCACCCUGCUUCCCUGGCGCACACCUGCGGAGAUGCUUGCAGCUUUGGCCGUGUGGCGCUCCCGACGGCGCGUGCAUGCUCGCGACACGACCUUCGCUCCUCCGCUGCGUGUGUGAAUCUAGACUCAAGUUAAGCACAGGGCGACGUAAAGGUGACUCCUGGCCCCGGGUGACCUUCUCUUCGGUUUCGGGGAGCCAGACCUUCACGGUGACCUGGCCGCUCGAGGUGUGGAGCCCCUUCGCGUGUAUGGUUUUAAUUCUAAUCUUCUCGAAUAGCCCGUCUUUCCUUGGAUCUGUAGUUGUUUUGGCAGGGACACAGGAGUCUACAAAAUUCUGUUCAGUAGUAGCACCUCUGGCUCUUAGGUUAGGCUCAGGCUGGGGGGAAGCAGACGAGCCCCUCCCACAUGCAGCUCGUGAGGUACUGAGCACAGGCGCUGAGCCGGGUGCGGGUUCCAGCACCGGCUCCUUCAGAAGAAUCGCUUCCCUUGGGCCGGGGUCUCCCAGCUUCCGGCAGCGACUCCUCAGCAGGACCGAGGCCCCUAACCCCCUCCCCGCCCGCUGUCAGGGCCCCUCCUCUCACUCCUGCACCCGCCUGAGUCCCCUUGCCCUUUGCCCCCAGGCACCGAGGGCAUGGUGAAAAGCUUGGAUGGCAUUUUCAAACGCCAGCAGCUUUCACCCAGCAGCGUUGGGAGUCCGGGCACUGGGGGCACAGCUUUCAUGGCCGAGCCGCGGGCUUGGGCGCCGGGAGCAAGUGUGACGCGUGUGGUUCUCAGGUGACUGUGCAGUUUGCUCCGUGUACCUGGUUGUAGUGGAAGGUGGUGUGGACUCUUGGGUGAAGAGUGGACUGGUGUUUGAUGCUUAGUGUGGACAAUGUAACCAUGAAAGCAUAACGGAUUUUAAGUGCUACCCACGUAAAUAAACUGUAAGCGUUAUUGACUAA